GGAGGUUGGAUUUAGGAUGAAGGUCCUGGGAGUCACAUGGAACCAAGUUUUUGAUUGAUGUCCAAACGCCAGUGCCGCACAGUUUUCUCAGGAAACCGAGCCCCGGGCAGCUUCACAUCGGUCUGUGUUCAAGAAAGUUUUUUGGGGCAGCAUCAACAAUUGUCGUCUGUUUUUCUAUCUGCAAUUUAAUUGCAGCGACCUUGUUUGUAGCCCGAGAUACUUCCCACUCCGUUCAGCCAUGUAGUUACUAACUUUUUAAGUACUUAUAAACCGUAUUUUUAUCACAAAAUUUAAAGGAACAAACUUUGUAAAGGACCACUUGAAAUAAUCGCGUUAUCAGUAUGACCGAAGAAGGAAAAUCAGAUCACAGAGGAGAAAGCGGGAAAGAUUUGGAGAAACAGCUGCGUUUACGAGUAUGUGUCUUAAAUGAGCUUUUGAAGACUGAAAGGGAUUAUGUCGGGACAUUGGAGUUCCUGUCGGUAUUUCUGCAUCGUCUCAAUCAGUAUGCAGCAACAAAAAUUGAUAAGAAUAUUACGGAAGAGACUGUCAAGGUGCUGUUUUCAAACAUUGAGGAGAUCCUGUCUGUGCACCGAGACUUCCUGUCCAUGGUGGAAGGGCUGCUCCAGCCGGACCCCCACGCUCACCACGAAGUGGGCCGCUGCUUCCUGCACUUUAGGAGCAGGUUUCAGAUCUACGACGAGUACUGCGGGAACCACGAGAAGGCCCAGAGACUGCUGCUGGAACUCAACAAGAUCAGGACCGUGCGGACGUGUUUACUGAACUGCAUGCUGCUAGGAGGAAGGAAGAACACAGAAGUACCUCUCGAAGGCUAUUUGGUCGCCCCCAUUCAAAGGAUCUGCAAAUAUCCACUCCUGUUAAGAGAGUUGCUGAAGAGAACCCCAAAGAAGCACAAUGACUACUCGCUGGUCCUGGAGGCCCUCCAAGUCAUGAAAGCUGUGUGCUCCAACAUCAAUGAAGCCAAGAGGCAGAUGGAGAAGCUGGAGGUCCUGGAAGAGUGGCAGUCACACAUCGAGGGAUGGGAGGGCUCCAACAUCACAGACACCUGCACAGAGAUGCUGAUGCACGGAAUCUUAUUGAAGAUCUCAGCGGGGAACAUCCAGGAGCGGAUCUUCUUCCUCUUCGAUAACCUUCUGGUGUACUGCAAGAAGAAAAACAGGCGUUUAAAAAACAGCAAAGCUGCCACAGAGGGUCCCCGGUACUUGUUUCGCGGGCGGAUCAACACGGAGGUCAUGGAGGUGGAGAACGUGGAUGAUGGUACAGCUGACUACCACAGCAGUGGCAACAUUGUGAAUAACGGCUGGAAGAUACACAACACGGCGAAGAACAAGUGGUUCGUGUGCAUGGCGAAGACCCCGGAGGAAAAGCAGGAGUGGCUGGAAGCGAUCCUGAAGGAGCGGGAGAGGAGGAAAACCCUGAGGUUGGGGAUGGAGCAGGACACCUGGGUCAUGGUGUCAGAGAAAGGGGAGAAGCUGUACAACCUGAUGAGUCAGCAGGGACACCUCAUCAAGGACAGGAAGCGCAAGCUCACCACGUUUCCCAAGUGCUUCCUUGGAAGUGAGUUUGUAUCCUGGCUCAUGGAGAUUGGGGAAACCGACAACCCAGAAGAAGGGGUUCACCUGGGCCAGGCUCUGCUGGAGAAUGGCAUUAUCCACCAUGUCACAGACAAGCACCAGUUCAAGCCGGAGCCGGUGCUGUACAGGUUCCGUUACGAUGACGGCACCUACCACCCUAGAAGUGACAUGCAGGAUGUCAUCUCCAAGGGUGUCAGGCUCUUCUGUCGGCUUCAUAGUUUAUUCACGCCAGUGAUCAGGGAUAAAGACUACCAUCUGAGAACUUACAAAUCUGUGGUGAUGGCCAACAAGUUGAUAGACUGGCUCAUUGCGCAGGGCGACUGCCGAACGAGAGAGGAGGCCCUGAUUUUGGGGGUUGAGCUCUGCGACAACGGAUUCAUGCACCACGUGCUGGAAAAGAGCGAAUUCAAGGACGAGCCUCUUUUGUUCCGCUUCUUCGCCGACGAGGAGAUGGAAGGAUCAAACACCAAGCACAAGCCCAUGAAGCACGAUCUGAAAAUAGUGGAAAAUGUCAUCGCAAAGUCCCUGCUGAUAAGGCCCAGCGAUGGAGGCUGUGGCUUCACUCUUGAAGACCGAAACAGAGUUCCCAUGAUCAAGUCAGUGGAGAAGGGGUCAUACGCAGAGAUGGCUGGCUUGGAGGUGGGGAAGAAACUGUUCGCCAUCAAUGGGGACCUGCUCUUCCUGCGGCCCUUCCAGGAAGUGGAGUGUUUCCUCAGGCAGUGCUUUAACAGUGGGGGGCCCCUCAGGGUCCUGGUCAGCACUAAGCCCAGAGAGACGGUGAAGAUCCCAGACUCAGCGGAUGGCCUGGGCUUCCAGAUCAGGGGCUUCGGCCCGUCUGUGGUGCAUGCCGUUGGCAGAGGCACUGUGGCGGCCGUUGCCGGCCUCCACCCGGGACAGUGCAUCAUCAAGGUCAACGGGAUCAACGUUAGCAAGGAGAGCCACGCCAGCGUCAUCGCUCACGUGACGGCCUGCCGGAAAUACCGCCGACCCACGCAGCAAGAUUCAAUAAAGUGGGUGUACAACAACAGUGAGAGCGCCCAGGAGGACCAUCAGAAAGCCAACCAGACGCCCUCUGCAGAGGAGAACGGGGACGUGUUCGAGUGUAAAGUGGAAGAGGUGAUGGACAAGUUUAACACCAUCGCCAUCAUCGACGGGAAGAAAGACCACGUGAGCCUGACAGUGGACAACGUUCACCUGGAGUACGGCGUGGUGUACGAGUACGACAGCACAGCUGGGAUCAAGUGCCACGUGUUGGAGAAGAUGGUGGAGCCCAAGGGCUUCUUCAGUCUGACUGCCAAGGUCCUGGAGGCACUGGCGAGGAAUGACGACCAGCUGGUGCAGACCUGCGCCAGGUUGAGCUCCAGCGCUGAUGUCAUACCAGAGGACCUGCAGACCAAGUUCACCGCUAUGUGCGGAGAGAGGCUGGAGCACAUCAGCCGCCGAAUCACUAACUACAGGAAGUUUUCACGGGUGCUGAAGAACAGGGCGUGGCCCACCUUCAAACAGGCCAAGACCAAGGUGUCUCCGCUGCACAGCAGCGACUUCUGCCCCACCAACUGCCACAUUAACGUGAUGGAGGUGUCCUACCCCAAAACCACCACGUCCCUGGGCAGCGCCUUUGGCGUGCAGCUGGACAGCCGCAAGAACUCCAUCCUGGAGAAGGCCGGCAGGAACUCGGAUCAAGCCAAGCUGAGCCCCAUGGUGUACGUCCAGCACACCAUCACCAGCAUGGCCGCCCCCUCCGGCCACAGCCUGGGCCGCACGGAGGGCCACGGCCUGCGCUUCCUGCUGCGUGAGGACGACCUGCUCACCCUGGACGCCUACCAGAAGCUGCUCAGCAAGCUCACCACCGUGGUCAAGGAGAUGGAGUGCUACGCUGCUCAGAUCCACGACCUGCUCUCCUCCAUCACUCACCCCCCCGCCUCUGAGGCCAAGACCACAGAGAGCUACAUCUCCGCCGACAACGAGAGCGAGAGGGGGGAGCGCAACGGCAAGAAGGUCUGCUUCAACGUGGCAGGAGAUGAGCAGGAGGACUCCGGCCAUGACACCAUCAGCAACAGAGACUCGUACAGUGAUUGUAACAGCAACAGGAACUCGAUAGCCUCCUUCACCAGCAUCUGCAGUAGCCACUGCAGCUCCUACGUUCACAGUGAUGAGAUGGACUCAGGAGAUGAAAUGCCAGUCAGCGUAUGGAUUUCUCACGAUAAGCAAAAGAAAUUGCAUGGCUUUCUGGAACAUCUCUUUAGUCAGGUGGAGUCCAUCACCAGCUUGUUGAAAGGGGCUGUCGUAGCUCGCGCCUUCGAACAAACCAAGUGUUUCACUCCAGGACGAGGCCUUCAAGAGUUCCAUCAGGAAAUGGAGCCCAAGAUCAACUGCACCAAGAAACUGCGGCUCCACGUCAAGCAGGACCCGUGGAACCUGCCCAGCAGCGUCCAGGCCCUGACGCAGACCAUCGCCAAGUUUGUCGAAGAGGUGAAGACACGUUUGCUGCUGGUUCUGCUCCAGUACACAGACUCAGAGAUCCAGCUCAGACGGGACAUGGUGUUCUGCCAGAGCCUGGUGGCUGUGGUUUGUGCCUUCUCUGAACACCUGCUGGCUGUCCUGAACCAGACACAGAGCACCGGCAAGGAGGGCGAGACGGAGGCGCAGGAGGCCAGCCGACGCUGGCUGGAGCAGAUCGCCAGCGCCGGCCUGCUCUUCCACUUCCAGUCCCUGCUGUCCCCCAACCUGACGGACGAGCAGGCCAUGCUGGAGGACACGCAGGUCGCACUCAUAGACCUGGAGAAGGUCACCUUCUACUUUCGGCAGUUUGAAGGGGAGCCGCUGGUCGCAAACGCGCCUGUUUCAUACCAGGUGGAGGGAACCCGACAGGCCCUGAAGGUCUGCUUCUACCUGGAGAGUGUCUACUUCCAGCUGCUGCCUCAGAGACUGAGGAACGGAGGAGGGUUCAAGAUCUACCCCGUGCUCUUCACUCAGGCUCUUGAGAGCAUGGAAGGCUACUACUACAGGGACAAUGUUUCCGUGGAGGAGUACCAGGCGCAAAUCAAUGCAGCUUCCCUGGAGAAGGUGAAGCAGUACUACAAGAGGCUAAGGGCCUUUUAUCUGGAUAAAUCCAACCUGCCUCCCAGCUCCACACCCAAAGCUGCCUUAAUAGACAAGCUCAUGCGGCCGCUGAACACUCUGGACGAGCUGUACCGGCUGAUGGAGAGUUUCAUCAGCUCCCGCCGCACGGCCGCCUGCCAGUUCACUGCCUGCGGGGCCUCGGGCGUGGGGCUGCUGUCCGUGGCCUCCGAACUGUGCAACCGCCUGGGCGCCUGCCACAUCGUCAUGUGCAACAGCGGAGUGCACCGCUGCACCCUCAGCGUGACUCUGGAACAGGCCAUUCUUCUGGCAAGAAGCCACGGUCUACCGCCUCGCUGCAUAAUGCAGGCAACAGACGUCAUGAGGAAACAGGGAGCAAGAGUUCAAAAUUCAGCGAAGAACCUGGGGGUGAGGGACCGCACCCCGUCGUCUGUCCCCAGGUUGUACAAGUUGUGCCAGCCACCGCCCCCGGAUGGCGACCCGUGAAGACACACGUCCUUGAUCGAACUGGGGAGGUUCUGAUCCAGCUCUGGACCUGUGUUCCAAAAAAUAAAACAAAAUAAAAUAAACUGUCACUGCUCCUCGUGGGAAAGGCCUGGAAAGACCAUCUCCCUGCAGCCAACCCACAAGUCUCUCCUCAAUGGCUGUCAAAUGACUCUGGCCCAAUGUUUUUGCUUCUCUUGUAUAUAUUGAAUUUAUAUGUAACUGCCUCUAUUGUAUUUUAAAGCAUGUUAAAAUGUAUUUGUUUACUCUUAUAACAUCCUGCUACAUUACAUCUCAUUUUAGAUUUUAAUGAUUAGAAAAUGAAAACUGAACUCAGUGCCUGAAGGCAUCUCUCAUUGUGGUUCUAAAAACUGAACAUUUUCAUCUUUGAAAGUCCAUUAACCAGUAUACUGUAAAUAACUUUGUUGGUCUGAAAAUUACUUUUUUGUUAUAAAGUUAGGAAAUUGCUAGUUCUGAAACUGACAAGCCCAAGGCUGCUUCAGAAACAAUCUAAUGUGCAGAACAGGAUAAUGUGAAGGACUGUCAUUUAUAGAAAGGUCAGGUAUCACUGGGGCCCCCUGUUGGUGAGUAGAUAGUGUUUGUUUUCCUACAGUACAUUCCUGGCUGAAGAAGUUUUUCUGUUCAGCAUCCUUGCAGUUUAUUCAAGCUGUAUGUCAGGAUUUUUACUUGCACCUGAACAAUAAGACCACCUCAUAUCUGUGCUGGUCUCACAUUCAGGUCCAUAAGGUUUUAACACUGAUAAAGAAGAGAAAUGAACUCAUUGAUGCCAUGAGGAUGCAAAUGGUAAGAUCUCGUUCAGAAUGAUGCUGUUUAGAUUUAAAAUUAAGCCUAAUCUUUAUGGCAUAGCCACCUGUUCCUAGAGGUAUUUCAAGCACUUCUGACAAAAUAUCGGACUGUAUACCUCCCGUCUUGCAUUUCACACCCAGACUUGCUUUUCCAGUAGCCAAGCUCAGUGCCUGAGUUAGGUAAGGGUGCUUUGGAGGUCUGCUUUUUUAAAGAGAAGUUCUUAAUGAUCAGUGUUAAACCUCCUCGUGUCACACUAAGUCUUUGAAGGUUUUUAUUCCGUACUCAGGACCAAAAGGGUUGUGUUCUAUUUAAAAGAUUCAGUAUUUGCUAAUCAAUUGUAUCAAUUACAUUUUAGGUUCUAUUAUCACUAUGCAAAUAGAAUAAACUAAACAGCAUCAAUGGAGUAACAUGUUAAAUGUCCCGGUAAAUCUCAAAUCACAUACUGUAAACAGCAAUAAUGAUUCAAGACAUGUUUUUGAUGUUGUAUAAUGAAGGUGUCUGUCUGUCGUGGCAGCUUCUAAUAUGUGAUAAUUGCAAACAUUUUAAAGCCGAGAAGUGUAAA